AUGGAUAUCCGGCCGAAUCAUACGGUUUAUAUUAACAACUUGAAUGAUAAAAUUAAGAAGGAUGAACUGAAGAGAUCUCUGUAUGCGCUCUUCUCCCAGUUUGGCCAUGUGAUGGACAUUGUGGCUUUAAAGACCAUAAAGAUGAGGGGACAAGCCUUUGUAAUAUUUAAGGAGCUCAGCUCAUCUACCAAUGCUUUAAGACAACUACAAGGAUUUCCAUUUUAUGAUAAACCAAUGCGAAUUCAGUAUGCAAAGUCUGACUCUGAUUUAGUGUCCAAGAUGCGUGGAACAUUUGCAGAUAAAGAGAAAAAGAAGGAAAAGAAAAAGAACAAACCCCAAGACCAGGCUGCAAAUGCAGCGAAUAAAAAACCUGCACAGGUUAGUCAAUGUAUACCUGUAAAGGUGCCUGACAACCCACCAAAUUACAUCCUGUUCUUGAAUAAUUUACCUGAAGAAACCAAUGAGAUGAUGUUGUCAAUGUUGUUUAACCAAUUUCCUGGCUUCAAAGAGGUUCGCCUAGUUCCUGGAAGACAUGAUAUUGCCUUUGUAGAGUUUGAGAAUGAGACCCAGGCAGGCUCUGCUCGGGAUGCACUUCAAGGUUUUAAGAUUACACCAUCUCAUGCUAUGAAGAUCACAUAUGCUAAAAAGUGA